AGAACUACAGCUCAAGCUUGUUUUGUGGUUCUGAAGAGCAAAAGCGCAAUCUUACCCAUGCCUUUUGUUGCUCAAGUGUGCUCGGAGCUGCCUUCGGGAUGCCGCACUCCAACACCACCAAUCCUUGUGAGUGGCUACCCCUAUGCGGAGUCUACUGACAGCCCAGACGGAACCAAAACGCCAACUGAUACCGGUGUCUUUGCCUUCGACAGUCUCCAAGAUAAGCUGCAAACCUUGGAGGCUCAGGAAGGAAAGCCUAAGGACGAUUUCAAGUUGGUGGAUCCGCUUUAUGUGAUUCCGCAGGCGGAGUCGGCCAAGGUCAAGAGUCAAUUGGCGCAGCUCUCUUCAUUGGCAGGACUGCCCUUUGCUCGCCUCGAG